CCGCUCAUCUUCAGCCCGUUGGUUCUGGUUCCGCUCAUCUGCAGCCCGCUGGUUCUGGUUCCGUUGCUCCGCCGGUUCAUCGAACUGCCGGUCUGAGGUUUCGUGAACUGGACCGGUUUCGGAUGGAUUCUUUGUUUGCCUUUGCUGGGUAACAGCUGGCCCAGUUGACUGGACGGACUGGGGCUGUGACUGGUUCGGGAUCGCGUUUUUCCUGGAGCGACCUGUGGAUCCGCAGGAAUACCGGGAGAACCGAGCAGCAGGGCGGUCCAUGUCUCCGGUCCGGUCGGGUCCGGCUCCGAGGUUUCUGCUCCCUUCCAAAUCCUCACAACAUGCCUGAGGGGUCGCGGCGCAGCAGCCAGAGAUCGCCCAGUAACUCAGCCGCCAAGCGUCCCUCCUCAGUCUCGUCUCUGAGUGGGAUUGUGGGUAGGAUGAUGUCGGCUGGCGAGCGAGGAGCGUCUUCGUCCUCCUGCACCUCCGUCAACACCGUGUGUUCGGACGGCGAGCGGCCCGUCUCCCUGUCCCUGUCCUCUUCCACCUCCUCCGUCUCGCUGCAGGAUGCCUCCUCCUCCUCUUCUUCCUCCUCUUCCUCUCUGCCGUACGGCGCCGUGCCGGCCUACAACGCCUCGUCCUCCACGCCCAAACGGAACGGCUCCGACAUCAGCCUGGACCUCACGCCGCUCGUAACUCCGCCCACCGGAGCGCCCGUGCCAGUCGGAGGCGGGGUUUCCAAGAUGGCGGCGGCAGGCCACGCCCACAAGGGACAUACAACCAAUCCAGCAGCGGCGCUGCCAGCGGGGGCCGCGGCCCGGCAGCUGUCCAGGCUGGACAGAGUCAUUCUGGAGAUCGUGGAGACAGAGCAGACCUACGUCAGAGAUUUAAAGAGCAUCGUGGAGGAUUACCUGGGCUGCAUCAUCGAUUGUGGCGCUCUGCCGCUGAAACCAGAGCAGGUCAGCUCUCUGUUCUGCAACAUCGAGGAUAUCUACGAGUUCAACAGUGACCUGCUGGAGGAUCUGGAGCGCAGUCCUGACGCGGCGGCCAUCGCAGAGUGCUUUGUAGAGCGGAGUGAAGCCUUUGACAUCUACACACUGUACUGCAUGAACUACCCAAACUCAGUGGCGGUCCUCAGGGACUGCAUGAAGACCGGCAGUCUGGUCCGGUUCUUCCAGGAGCGGCAGGCGACCCUGAACCACUCGUUGCCCCUGGAGACGUACCUGCUCAAACCCGUGCAGAGGAUCCUCAAGUACCACCUGCUGCUGCAGGAACUCUCCAAACACGUGGACAAGAGCGACCCGGGCUAUGAGGUGGUGGAGGACGCCAUUGUUACCAUGACGGCGGUGGCGUGGUACAUCAACGACAUGAAGAGGAAGCAGGAGCACGCCGUGCGGCUGCAGGAAAUCGAGUCCCUGCUGCUGAACUGGAGCGGGCCGGACCUGAGCGGAUUCGGCAAUCUGGUUCUGGAAGGUUCCUUUAAGGUCCAGAGGGUGAAGAAGGAGCGCGCCUUCUUCUUGUUCGACAAAAUGCUGCUGAUCGCCAAGAAGAGGCUGGAGCAGUUCAUCUACAGCACACACAUCUUCUGCUGCAACCUGCAGCUUGUGGAGACGUUGAAGGACCCGCUGAGCUUCCGGGUGUCGGACCAGACCAUCCCCAAGCAGCAGCACGUGGUCCAGACCAAGAACCAGGAGGAGAAGCGGCUGUGGGUGCACUACCUCAAGAGGCUGAUUGUGGAGAACCACCCGGCUUCACUGCCGCAGAAGGCCCGGCAGGUCCUCGGAGACAACUUCUGCCAAUCUCCUCAGUUUGAUCAGGAGAGCCUAAAGAAGUCGUGCGCCUCGCCACGCCUGGACGACCUUCACGGUUUCCAUCGAGGCCGGCGUCAGUCAGAACCGCCAGAGCUGCUGCUGUACACACCAGAGAAACCCAGAAAGGGUCUGCCUCUGCUGCUGGAGGGGACGCUGCCAUACCGCCGCACCCGGAGGCAGUCAGCUCCUGCUAAAGACAUCGAGGCGGCAUUUCAGCCUGGUGCAGCUCUGAAGCAGGCGGGCAGCGAGGGGGAACUCUGCCCCGCGGAGAGUCUGGGCUCUGCAGACAGCAGCAGCACUCUGGCUUCAUCCGUUAUAGAGGUGGAGACGGAACGGAGAGAGCUGGAGGAGGAGGAAGAGGAGGAGGAGGAGCUUGCGGGCCUCAGAGCUCCGCCCACAUUGUCGAUCACCGAGGAAAUCCUGGAGUUCAUCAACCAGAGCCGAGUCAUGGAGGGACUCUCCACCACGAACCAGGACCCUCCCAUCGAGGUCCGGUCUCCAGCUGACCCGUCCAGUCCGCUGCCUGCGGUCGCCUCCAGCCCAGAGCAGAGUCUCCUGGUGGAGCCAGACCAGGAAGGAGAAGACCUGAAGAAGAGCAUCACCGACCGAGAUCCAGCUGACGAAGAUCCAGAUGGUUCUGGUGAGGCGGCUGGGGUCAAAAGGGAGGAAGCAGCUGAGACAAGACCAGGAAGUGAUGAUGAAGACAAACAAACCCCAGAGAAACCUUCAUCAUCAGAUCUGCAGCCCUCCAUAUCUGCAGAAGAAAACACCGACCGCCUCAUGGAGACGGAACCACCCAGCCCAGGACCCGUUUCCCAACCCAUCCAGCCUGGUACCAUCCAGAGGUACCAGGCUCCCAAAAAAGGCUCCACCCUCACCAACCAGGACAAGAAGAUCAUCGAGAAGAUCAGGAGCUACUACGAGGCCGCCGAGGCCGAGGCGGAUGAAGCUGAGGACGAAGAGGAGCAGAGAGAGGGAGCCACCACAAGAAGAAGAAGCAGUUUCUCCCAGAUCCCCUCCGGCUUGGUGAAGGAGUCCGUAUCACGUUUUACCAUGCAGCCCACACUCGACGACACGGAGGCAACCCAGGAAUCCAGAUCCGGUUCUUCCUCCCUUCCAGCCAAUGUAGAGGAACCGCCGAGGUCUCCGGAGGGGGAACCGGAGAGUCCAGACCAACUGUCCCCACCCAGGCAGAACCCGGACUCCGAACCCAGAACAUUUCCUGAACCGGACGUCCAGGAGGAGUUCUACAGAGGUUCUCCAGAGGAACCGGAGGAGGGAAAGAGCGUUGCUGCGAAGACCACAGAAGAAGAAAGCUUGGCUCUUUCUGAGCAUCCUGACAAAAAACCCAAAGAAAGAACCACCGAGCCCCAACCGAGCCGGGCAGAACCAUCCUUACACGGGCCAGAACAGGAACCGGGCCAAGCAACCAACCAGGCCAGAACCCAGUCCACCUGGUCCAGAACCAAAACCAGGGACCCAACAAACCUCAGGGAGAACCUGGAGCGGUUCCCCAGUCAGAGCAAAGUGGGUCGGUGGUCCCGCCACUCCAAGAUCGUCAGCGCCAACCGGGCCUUGUUUGAGGGGAUGGGGUCCGACGUCACCGGUAUCGGCCUGUUUGAGACGAACCCGGUGGUGGACCCGGUCCUGAUGGAGAAUUCUGAGCGUAUUCUGAGCAAGGUCCAAACUCUGGCCCGCAUGUACAGCGCCAAAGCCAGCACCAUGAAGGUGCCGCUGCUUCACAAACGGGUCAGCACCAUCAGAACCCAAGCAUGGGUCUCAGCAAGACUGUCAGAACUUUCUGCUCAGAACCGGGACAAAAGUCCACCACAGCAAGAAAAGGAAACCGAAGCCCAGACUGGUUCUGAGACCAAAACAGAGACCCAGUCCUGCAACGGACCCAUCCAGAACCAGACCCAAACUAUGAUCCAGGAGGGAAGGCCAGAACCCCAGACAGACGAGCUGCAGCAGGAAGAGGCGUGGCCCAGUGUGACCCGGACCGGCGACCAGCAAGACAGUCUGUCCCCACCCAGAGACCUCACCUGCUCCACGACACCAGCAGAAAGUCCAUGUGAUCAGAACCAGGCCGUGUCCUCCAGAACCGGGCCGCAGCCUCAGGGGUCCAGUCGGGACUCCCCUGCUGAGGAAGAGGAGGAUGAUGAAGCUGCUGCUGUUUCUCCUGAGCCUGAAGAGUCGCAGGAAGCAGGCGGCGGGCCGGAGCAGGACGAAGGGCGCCGUGUGGACGCGGCUGGAGGACGGCAGACCUCUGGAAACGUCUCCACUCCGCCGCUGGUCGCCGAGGGAAACGGACCCGACCGAGACGCAGCAGUUGAACGCCACGAGGCAGACAAGGGGGGUCGUUCUGGGUUGAUCCCAACUCCAACAGAGUCCAGAACCGCUGGGGAACCGGGCCUGAGCCAAGAACCGUCCCCAAAAGAGACGCGGAGGGAGGACGGGUCAGAACCAGCUGGGUCCACUGGGAGGCCGGACAAGGUCGACCCGACGGACCUUAAGAUCGCAGAUGGUCCUCAGAAAGACGAAGCUCCGCCCAGUCCGUGUUCGGCCGACUCGCUGCUGGCCGGGGUCCAGCGGGCCUCAGCGGUACCGUGGGAGCGCAGGAAGCCAGAUGAGCCGCUGUCUGGAUCGUCCCUCAGGACAACAAGCCCCAUCCCCUCAGUCUCCAACGCCAGCCUCGUCCAUCGCUCCCCUUCUCCUCUAAGAUCUGCCAGCGCCUCCUCAGUCCAAGCCCCGCCCUGCUCCUCACCCUUCAGGCACAUCCCGGUGUCCUCCCCUACUCCAGCAUCUCCUGCAGUCUUUACUUCAGCGCUGUCCUGUUUGUCCCCCACUGCCUCUACUGUUUCCUCUGUCAGAAGCCCAACUCCGUCUCUUCCUCUAUGUGGAAACUCUUCAUCAUCAAGAGGAACACCUUCCUUCCCAACACCUCCCCUCCAUUCUCCCACUUGUUCCUCCUCAGCGUUUACCAGAUCUCUAGCUGCCUCGCACAUCAGUCAGUCCAUCAGUCAGAGUAUGUCUAAGAAAGGAACGGCCCGACAACAAGCACCGACCAUAAAGCUGAUGAAUCCGAGUCCCUCCUCCACUCCGGAUCUGCGACGGCGCACACCUUCACCGAAUCCUCCUACAGCUCAGCUAGGCCCGGCACCGGCUUAUACCCAGCUGGGGUGCACUAAGGAGGGGUACCAACCUCCCAGAUGUCCCCCGUCCUCGGUCCGGUCCUCAUGUCUGUCUCCCCCUUCUGUUUCUCAGUGCCCUCCCUCUCCGACGGCAGGCCUUCGUCAGCCUCGGUGCUCCUCCCCUUCACCACGGCCUUCCUUCCUUCACUCCAAAUCUGCUUCACCACAACUUGGCAAGAAGAACAGCAACAACAACAACUCUGCUGGGUAUGUAGGUGGUGCUGUCAGUAAUGGAGGCUGCUUAGGGGCUGAUGGCCGUACCGAACCCCUCCAGAGUCAAUAUCCGUUGUGGUCCGGAUCUCACAAUCGGGUAGCGCGGCCGUUUUCUGCGUCUGAACCAAGCUCACGAGUUCAAUCUCCAACUCCCUCCCCAACUCCAGCAUCAUUUGUUCGCUUCUGCUCCCCACCACAGCAUAACUACUCCUCCCCCAUGGCGAACAAGCCCCCCAACCCCCGGAGUUCACGGGUCGGAGGUUCCCACAAUCACCUGGACCUCCGUUUGGACCUACCAAGGGCUUCCUUUGAUGGUUCCAGUUGUGGUGAUUCCUCUGCGUGUGUGAGUCCCCAGAUACUCUCCCCUCCUCCUAUUGGGGUGCCAGUUUGGACAAAUAAUGUAGCAGUGCCUCAACCCAGGAACCCUCGUAAUUCAGCUUCCCCUUUCUUGUUUUCAUCCACUUCAGGAUCUCAGACAUACAGGAUUCCUUCCUCUCCUCUUCCCUCCCAAAUCGUCCACAGGCCCCUUUCCUCCACCCUUUCAGACAGACCUCCAAGUCCAGCCCGGAGCGCACAGCGUCGUUCCUGGGCCGACUUCGGCCAAAGAUCCCUCGGCUUUACUGGAUCCGGCCGAAGAUCCUUUGAACAGCAGGCGUCCUGUCCGAUAAGCCCAAGCAGUGGGUGGUCCUCCCACAGCAGCUCCCCGUCCUGCCUAAGCUCUCGAGCCGGUCUGCAGUGCCCCCUCUCCCCAACCAGGUUAACCUCUGGUAAGGGUGCUAUUAGUGGGCAACAUUUCACCAGCGUCUCUUGGCCAGACGUCCGAGAGUUGUCAAGCAAAUACAACGGAGAAGACAGUCCAGAAACGAGUGUGAGUCCCACUGCGCCCAUGUCUCCAGUACAUCUCAUUCCUUCCCCAUGUCAAUCGGACGGCCAGGCUGACUGGGGCGACUCACAACUGGAGGAGGGAAGCUGUCGCACUCAGCUGAUCUGUGCUUACGUCACCCGGCCUUCUCACCAGCAAACUGUUUCCUCCUCGUCAUGCCUGAUCUUCUCCCCCUCUGGAUUGACCUCCCCUCCACCGGAGUCACACCAGCUCCACAGCCUCCAGGUCCAGAGGCGACCUCAGGUCACUGCCUCGCCCCCUCCACCCUUAACGCUCUCCCCGUCACCCAUCAUAUCAUCCCCCUUUCCCAAACAGGGGAGCCAGAAGGCCAGUUAUGCCACCACAGUGAACCUCCAGAUUGCUGGAAGUGGCCGAAUAACCUCGUACAGCAGCGCCCAGGUUAGCCUAACUCAAACCCUGCAGGGCGGAGCUGGUCCUCCGGGGAGCCAGGACCAGAUGGCGAGAAGAGUGAGCAUCAACGGACUCUCGCCUGUUCCUCAGGGGUGCAACAGGCCAUGAAGGGAAGAACGGCGGCCAUGGAUCCGGUUCUGAGAACAAGCAGGCAAACAGGACAGAGAACGAAGGGCUUGGGGAAAGAUGUGCACUUAUCCAAACUGUAAGGACAACAUCUUUAGCUGCUGGUCCAGACCCUCUGGAUCCGGUCUUAAUCUGGACUUCAGAACUUCUUCUUGACCUAAACAUGAGGAACACCGGACAUCUGAUUCGGACUUCCAGAUCCUGGCCACAUCAGUGUGUUUCAGUUGGUUGUGAACUGAAGAAAACAUUUUGGAUCUGAAGAGAUUUACUCGCACAUCGAUCAUGAAGCUUUUGGACAUUUGGGGUCUAAAGACAAUCCACACAACUCAGAGUUGGACAUGAAGAACUGGGAUGUCAUGGACAGUUUGAAAAUUGAAUUUCGUCAGAUUUAAGGUUCCCUGAAAUGAAAGUUUUAAUGUUCUUUAGCUAAUGUUGGAGAGCAGGAGGACCUCUGAAAGACCGACACCUUGAAGUUUAGUGUUAUUUUAUUCUGUAACAACCUGUAACUUUUUAAGUCUCUUUUAUUCCUGUUUUUAUUUAUGAAGUUAGUCUCCUACUUUGGCACUUAAUCUCCUUAAAGUCCUCUUGGUAUUUUUGCACACAGUUCUUUUUAAACGACGUGUCUGCAGGUUCUCCGAUGACUUGAGACCAAAGUUAUUGCUGUUUACGGUUCCAUGUUGCUCUCAGCGCUGCGGCCCGAAAGUCCAGCUUGUCAAGAUGCUCCCAUACAUCUUCCAGCUGUGUUAACAAAUACUGUCGUCAUGUUGGUUACAUCAGAUCUAAUGCAUGUAGGGUUUGUUCUGGUCCGGAGGCUCGAUGUCUCACCAGAGCAACCUGGAGACGAACUGGGAUAAUCUUUGUGACACGACAGAAAUAAAAAUUAGUAUCUCCA